CCGGGAAAUCCGAUGUGAAGUUUGGCACGCAUUUGGCGGGAAAUACACCACACAACUAGUACAGGCGUGCUAUGCAGGCGUGGAAGAGGCUUCGUGAGGUCUGAUUCUGGCGAGGUCUGAAUGAUACGAAGGGGAUGAAACCAUUGUUUUGCAAUGCAUUAGGAGUGAUAAGAAAGUCGGAAGAGCCGUGUUGAUACAUUAAAUGUUAAUGUGGUCAAAGUACUAGGUUGCCUAUAAAUAUAAAUAAAAAUCAUUAAGUGGUGAUGUAUUAUUGCAUAGCCUUUGGAGUGUCUGGUGUUAGGAUAUAACCUAAUAAGAAUGCCAUGUCCUGUAAUUAAUCAUACAAUGGAGAAUGGGAAAAGUGUAGAAGAGGAGAAGGCGCAAGAUAUGCCAAAUGACAUUUCUCAACCAAGCCAAUCAAGUAAUGAAGGGCUUAAUACUGAAGAGAGUGAAUGGUUACCAGGAGAUUUGCUUUGGGCACGAAUUGGUCGUCAUCCAUUUUGGCCUUGCAUAGUUGUUGUGGAUCCUCGGAAUGCAAUGUAUCUUGAAACGAAGAGAACAGGUCGAUCAUCUCAGCAACAAGUCCAUGUUCAAUAUUUUGGAGACAAUGGAAGUCGUAGCUGGGUUUCAGUUAAUCAAAUAAUGAAAUAUUCAGGGAAAAAUAAUCUGUUAAAGUUUGCAGAGACAAAAAAAAAGGAUAAGAGAUAUUCAACAGCUUUUCCUCAACCAGGAAAAAAUCAGAAGUGGGAUUAUGCUGUAAAAGAAGCAGAAGAGGCUGUCCUGAAAUCAAGGAAUGAACGAAUCCUGUUUUUUGAAGAGUUUUAUCCUAUAUUUACUCAACAUAAAAGUGACGAAAAAAGCCAGGUGAAGGAGAAAGUGAACAAAUCAGGGUCACAGAAAAUUCGCCUUGGAAGGAAAACCAAAGAACAGAAUGAGGAAAUCCCCGAUACGGAAUCAAAUAAUUCUGCUGCAAGAGGGGAUGGUGCUCAUGAGGUAAAGAAACGUGUUUUGGAAAAGGAAGAUUCAGAAGAAAAUUUGAAAUCGGAAGGAGGAAAACCACUUAGAAAAGUAAAACGGCGGAAAACGGAUAAAAAACCACCCGGUGUCUUCGAAGUUUUUGUGGACCGCUGUGCCAAUUUAUUUGCUGUUGAUAGGCCGGAGUUUCAGGCUGAUCGUGCAAAAUGUAUUAGAUUUAUGCGAGCUAUGUGGUCUUCAAUGACCGAGGAAGAGAAAUCACGGAAGAUAAGUAAUUAUAAAAUUCUUUUUAAAGAUUUUAUUGCUACAAUUUUCUACAAUCACCUUUAUUCCAAAAGUAAUAAUCAAAAAAAUCUAAACAGAAACGUCUGA